CAGCAGUGCCACCCGCAAGUUCCACCCACCGGUGCCCAGCAGUGCACCCACCUGUGCCACUCUGCAGUGUCACCCACCUGUGCCACUCUACAGUGUCACACACCUGUGCCCAGAAGUGCCACCUACCUGUGCCCAGAAGUGCCACCUACCUGUGCCCAGAAGUGCCACCCACCUGUGCCCACCCACCUGUGCCACCCACCUGUGCAGCCCGGCAGUGCUGCCAGUCAGCUCCCAGCAGUUGUGCCAGUCAGCGCCGCCAGUCAGUGCCCAGCAGUGAUGCCAGUCAGUGCCGUCUAUCAGUACCCAUCAUCAGUGUCACAUAUUAGCGCCGCCUAUCCGUGACACCUCAUUAG